UCUAAAUUUGCAACAAAUUUAAAAAAUGUGGUAACAGGUUGUCACAUCACAAUUGCUAAAAUUGGAUCGAUCAUGAACUCCACAAAUUUGGAACUUCUGUUUACUAUAUCUCGGGGUAUACAUAAAUAUUAAAUUAAAUGAAAAUUGUUGAGAAGUUGUUAUCAUUGCAAUAAGUACUACCGAUUAGUAAAUUCUUUAAUCAUAAUCUUUAUGGCUUGACAUUUUUUACCCAACUGCUAGCCGAACUGCUAGAAAUAUUUCAGUUGGCCAACAAACUCCUAACGGCAAACAUGAGGCUAUACGCGUUAUGUGCUGUAAUCUUUUUUGUUGCCACAACCAAUGCGGCAAGUCUUUUUCAAAAACCAGAAAUUGAACAAAAAGUGCGCUAUGAUAACUACAAGGUUUUUAAAAUUAAGUACGAAACUGCAAUGCAACGACAAAAGCUGCUCGAUUUAACAAAAAUAUAUCAGAGUUUCAGAUUGUGGCACGAGGAUAGUUCGGAGUGUUAUUUGAUGGUCACGCCAAAUGCAUUGCCACUUUUCGAGGAAACAUUAAAAAUAAGUAAUGCUAGUGCCGAGAUCCUUAUUUCAAAUGUGCAGGAUUUGAUUGAUCAAGAGAAUGAAGCGGAUACAAGGGCGUCUGAUAAAUUCGGUUGGACACGCUAUAAUAGCUUGGCUGAAAUUGAUGCUUGGCUGGAUGAAAUACUCGCUGUCUAUCCGGUUGUUACUGAAGGGUUUGUGAUCGGAAAAUCAUAUGAGGGUCGUGACAUACGCGGCAUAAAGAUCUCAUACAAAUCAGGAAACCCUGGAGUCUUCAUCGAAUCCAAUAUACAUGCACGCGAAUGGAUAACCUCGGCCACGGCCACGUGGUUGAUCAAUGAGCUACUCAGCUCUAGCGAUGAUCUGGUGCGGGACCUGGCCGAAAGCCAUGACUGGUAUAUUGUGCCGGUGCUAAAUGUAGAUGGAUUUGUCUACACUCACGAAAAAGAUCGUUUGUGGCGUAAGACACGUCAACCAUCGAACAUUUCCCAGUGCAUUGGCGUUGAUCCGAAUCGCAACUACGACUCACAUUGGAUGGAGAAUGGCGGCGCUUCGUCGGAUCCCUGCAAUGAGGCUUACGCUGGGCCGUAUGCAUUCUCGGAGCCGGAGACAAAGGCCUUGUCCGAUUUUGUAGCCAGCAUCAAGGAUAAACUGAAUAUUAUGAUAGCCUUUCACUCCUAUAGUCAACUCUUGUUAUCACCUUAUGGGCAUACCAAAGACGAGGUCCCGGAGAACUACGAUGACCUAAUGCAAGUUGCCAAGGCCUAUAGCGAUACAGUUAAGGAUCUGCCCUAUGGCACAGUGUACAGAUACGGUUCGUCAGCUGGCAUUCUCUAUCCCGCCUCAGGCACCACUAGCGAUUGGGCAUACAACGAACAGGAUGUCAAAAUAUCCUAUACCAUUGAGUUUCGUGACACCGGAAAUUUCGGGUUUGUUUUACCACCUGCUUUCAUAAUACCCAAUGCCGAAGAGGCAUUAGUUGGUAUAAUUUCUCUACUAGCUGAAUCAAAAAAGUUGGGUUACUUGGAACCCAAGUACAUAUAACUUCGCUUGGAAGGUGGCCACCUGGUUGAUUAUUGAGCUACUCAUCUCUAACGAUGUUCUGAUGUUCUGACUGACUGCUUGGUGAUCAACGAGCCGAGACUUGCCAUUAAGAAGGACUUAAGCAAAAUUUUUAAUUAUUUCGUGCAUGUAUGUGUUUAUUUACACGGUUGCAAGAGUCAGAAUAGAUCAUCAGACAAAAAUAUUCAACCGCGAGCUCUUGGCAUUAAGGCUUCACGAUUGAAAGAAGCAGAGCCAACAGUAUAAUUAGAGCACCUGUUUGAAGCGCAGGCCACAUGUGAGAGGAAGCGAGAUGGCAGAGUAAAGAGUGAUCACAUCUGCUGGACCAACAGCUACGAUUGAAAGAAGAAGAGUCAACAGUAUAAAUGGAGCAGCGCUUUGCAGUUGGACUUCAGUUGACGUUGCAAGCUGCUCCGGCAAGGUGCAGCAAAUUCAUAUUUAUUUACGUGUUCAAAAGAAUGUAAGAUGAUCACAUGUGAGAGGAAGAGAGAUGGCAGUGCCGGAAAGUACUAAUUAGCAGGGUAAUUACAUCUGCUGGACCAACAAGAACAUUUGUUAAUUGUGAUCAAUUCGCAAACAACAAGUAGUUGUAUAGGGAUUAUUAAGGUGAGUACACAAAAGCAUUUUUAAGUACCCUUUUUCCAUAAAUUUUGACCCAGAGCAAGAUUUAGAUGCCAAAGUGAUCAAGAGGACAAAAAAAAAUGUGAUCUAUG